UGUCGCUUCGUUACAAUUGUUUGUGUUUUCACACAUAUUUGACAGUGGAUAACAUUGGUUAUCCGCUCGACUAAUAGUGCUAUCAAAUUGGAUUUUGUGACAAAAUGUAGGGUUAUAUACACGUUUUGCCAGUUAAAUUCUAUCAAUUGAGUUUCAGUGUGUAAAACAGAGACAAACUGAGAUUAGACAGAGAACGCAUGCAUGUAAACAAAUACGAUAGAUGGCGGAGCAAAGUUCUAUCUUGCUUUCUACAGUCUCCCGUCUCUGUUCCACGCAUUGGCGCAAAAAUUGGCCAUUAUUUUCGAAAAUGUCACAACCAAAAAGAUUAAGAGACGAACGUAGCAAAGAUCCCAUGAAAUGGUUGCAAUGGUAUAAUGAAAUGGAGGAAGAUGAAAGUGAACCGGAAGAAAACGAAAGCGAAUCGGAUAACGAUUUUGUAUAUGAGAGCGAACAUGAUACAGAUAGUGAACAGGGAGCUGACGAGGAAAGUCUGGACGAUGAAGAUGAAGGGAUGCUGGAUAAUGAUACAUAUCUUGCGAAGGAUGGAAUGACGAGGUGGAGAAAAGGUAAUUUUCCUCUCAAUGUUAGAACACGGGCUUGCAAUAUUAUAACGCACUUGCCAGGUCCAAGAAAAGAAGCUCGCGAGUUGAAAUCAGAAAUUGAUAUUUACAAUUUAUUUUUGGACGAGGACAUUAUUGGGACCAUUGUAGAAUCAACAAAUAUUUAUAUCCAGAAAGUUCGUGCUAAAUUUGGAAGGGAAAAAGAUGCUAGGGAGACUGAUGCCUUAGAGGCUCGAGCUUUUAUCGGUUUGUUAUACCUUAUUGGAUCUUUACGCUGUUCUAAAAAAAAUUUCAGUAAAUUAUGGGACAAUUCAAAAGGCAACAGUCUCGAAUCAUGUUAUUUAUGUAUGUCGGAAAGGCGUUUUAGAUUUCUUUUGAAAUGUCUAAGGUUUGAUGACAUUCGGGAUAGGGAGCAAAGAAAGGCCCUUGAUAAACUAGCACCAGUUCAAAAAAUUAUGGAACUGUUCAAUAAAAAUUGUCAGAAGUAUUUUUGUGCAAGUGAAUAUCUUACUGUCGACGAGCAGCUAUUGUCAUUUCGAGGAAGAUGUUCAUUUCGACAAUAUAUCCCAAGUAAACCUGCCAAAUAUGGUUUGAAGGUUUUUGCGCUUGUCGACUCGAAAACAGCUUACAGGCUAAACUUAGAACCAUAUGUUGGCAAGCAGCCAGAUAGGCUAUGUAGCAUUAGCAAUGCGGCUGAAGAUAUCGUCCUUCGUUUAGUGGAACCAGUAAGAGGAACAAAUAGGAACAUUACUGGUGAUAACUGGUUUUCUAGCCUUUCCUUAGCAAAAAAGCUACAAAGUGUAAACCUCACGUAUGUUGGUACUAUGCGUCAAAAUAAGAGGGAAAUACCCGAAGGCUUUUUACCAAACAAGAGCCGACAAAUAAAUUUGUCAAUCUUUGGAUUUCAGAAAGAUUGUAGUCUGGUAUCCUACUGCCCCAAAAAAGGUAAAGCAGUUCUAAUAUUAUCUACAAUGCAUUUUGAUGGAGCCAUAGAUGCUUCAACAGGCGAAGCACUUAAAGCCAAAAGCAACAUGGUCACUUUUUAUAAUAUGACAAAAGUUGGGGUACAAGACGAUGGCCCAUGGUACUGUUUUAUGAUUUUCUGAACAUAGCGGCAAUAAAUUCGUUCUGUAUCUAUAGGCUCCAUUGUGAAGCUUCAACAACAAAUACUAAAAGAGCUGAAUUUCUAGAAAAAUCUAAGUUGGGCUCUAAUAAAACCACAAAUAGAACGGAGGGCGAGCAUCGAAACCCUCCCAAGGGAGCUUCGCAGAAGAGCUAAGUUACUUGUUGGGAUCCAGGAGGAGGCAGUGCAACAAUUUGAUAAAACCGGUUCACGAGGACGGUGCUAUCAGUGUGGGAGGCAACGUAACAAAAUGAGCAGAAAAUGGUGUUACAAAUGUAAUAAUUGGGCCUGUCUAGACCACCUUAAAAAUAUUUGUACCAGUUGCGUUGAGAAUCAGUAAAUACUUAUAUUUAGUACAGUACUUUUGGUUACUUAUUUAGAAUUAAUUUUAGUUCUAUUAAAAUCAAAAUCAGCGUAUCAGGUUGAUUCAUUAGUUUAUAUUAUCCAACAUUAUUAUAAAAUAAAACAUUUUUCCACUUAA